UGCUCUGCAUGGCCUGGUCUUAGGUGCUUGGUGCGGUGAGGAGCCCAGUGUGCACUGAGGCAGCCAUGGGUCUGCUGACUGGGGAUUUACUGGGGAUCCUGGCCUUGGCCAUGGUCAUCUUCCUGCUCCUGGUGGACUUGAUGCACCGGCGCUCACGCUGGGCUCCACGCUACCCACCGGGCCCCAUGCCACUGCCUGGGCUGGGUAACCUGCUACAAGUGAACUUCCAAGACCCACGUCUCAGCUUUAUCCAGCUGCGGCGCCGCUUUGGGGAUGUAUUCAGCCUGCAGCAGAUCUGGAGGCCCGUGGUCGUGCUCAAUGGGCUGGCGGCUGUGCGGGAGGCGCUGGUGUCCCACAGCCAUGAAACCUCCGACCGCCCACCUGUGUUCAUCUUAGAGCACCUGGGUUACGGGCCGCGCUCCGAAGGAGUGAUCCUGGCGCGCUACGGGAAAGCGUGGCGCGAGCAGCGGCGCUUCUCGGUGUCCACCUUGCGCAACUUUGGCCUGGGCAAGAAGUCGUUGGAGGAGUGGGUGACCCAAGAGGCCUCGUGCCUUUGUGCCGCCUUCGCCGACCAGGCUGGACGCCCCUUUAGCCCUAACAACCUUCUGAAUAAAGCGGUGAGCAACGUGAUCGCCUCCCUCACCUUCGCGCGCCGCUUCGAGUACAACGACCCUCGCAUGCUCAAGCUUCUGGACCUAGUGUUGGAAGGACUGAAGGAGGAAGUGGGCCUCAUGCGCCAGGUGCUGGAAGCAAUGCCGGUUCUCAGGCAUAUCCCGGGGCUGUGUGCCAAGCUCUUCCCAAGGCAGAAGGCCUUCUUGGUCAUGAUAGAUGAGCUGAUCACAGAGCACAAGAUGACCCGGGACCUGGCCCAGCCCCCCCGAGACUUGACGGAUGCCUUCCUGGACGAAAUGAAAGAGGCCAAGGGGAACCCCGAGAGCAGCUUCAAUGAUGAGAACCUCCGCCUGGUGGUGGCUGACCUGUUCUCCGCUGGGAUGAUCACCACCUCGACCACGCUGGCCUGGGCUCUCCUCCUCAUGAUCCUGCACCCAGACGUGCAGCGACGCGUCCAACAGGAAAUCGAUGAGGUGAUAGGGCACGUGCGGCAACCGGAGAUAAAGGAUCAGGCCCUCAUGCCCUUCACCUUGGCCGUGCUCCAUGAGGUGCAGCGCUUUGGGGACAUCGUCCCACUGGGCGUGGCCCACAUGACAUCUUGUGACAUUGAAGUGCAGGGUUUCCUCAUCCCCAAGGGGACCACACUUAUCACCAACCUGACGUCAGUGCUGAAGGACGAGACUGUCUGGAAGAAGCCCUUCCGCUUCUAUCCAGAGCACUUCCUGGACGCCCAGGGCCGCUUCACCAAGCAGGAGGCCUUCAUGCCCUUCUCAGCAGGCCGCCGCUCUUGCCUCGGGGAGCCCCUGGCCCGCAUGGAGCUCUUCCUCUUCUUCACCACCCUCCUGCAGCGCUUCAGCUUCUCGGUGCCCACAGGACAGCCUCGCCCCAGCGACCACGGUGUCUUUGCCUUCCUGCUGUUCCCAUCCCCCUACCAGCUCUGUGCUGUGCCCCGCUAGGGGGAGGCACCAUGCCCCCAGCCUUCGCUUCAGCAGUAGCCCUGGCAUGCAAUAAAGCUGUCCGGCAGCUCCA